UCAUUCUAGCAGCUCUCAUUCACAAAUUGCGGUCCACAAGAGCCUCCGCCACCUUGUUAUCAUCUCCGCAAACCAUUCAACUCAGUAAGGAAAAAAGAAGAAAAUUUCGAAGGCAUCAUCGUCAUCAUGAGUUCUAAAUCCGAGCUCGUGUUCAUCCCACCGCCCAUCCUCGGCCACCUGGUGUCGAUGGUGGAGAUGGCCAAGCUCCUCGUCGACCGAGACAAUCGGCUCUCCGUUACAGUCCUUAUCAUGAAGUUUCCCUUCGACUCCAAGAUCGACUCCCAUGUCGAGUCGUUGACCACUUCCGUUGCCGCCCGCAUCCGCUUCGUCCUCCUCCCUCGGCAAAACCCCUCCCCGGAAGCGUCCGCGAUGGCCUUCUUCAAACAGUUCAUGGAGAGCCACAAAGCCGACAUCCAAGAAGCCGUCCGUGACCUCUCCGCCUCCAGCUCAGCACGGCUCAAGGGGCUCGUCGUCGACAUGUUCUGCACCUCGAUGGUCGACGUGGCCGUCGAGUUUGGCAUCCCUUCGUACGUGUUCAUCCCAUCGGGCAUGGCGCUCGUCGGAUUGAUGCUGUACCUCCAGUCUCUCCAAGACGAGCAGCACAUGGACCUGACAAGGCUCAAGGGCUCUGAUGCCGAGCUGGACUUCCCGUGCUUCGCUAAUCCGCUGCCCGCCGCCAAAUUCUUGCCCUCAGAAGUGUUUACGAAAGAAGACUGCCGGAUAUUCUUGGGCCACGCCCAGAGGUUUAGGGAAACCAAGGGAAUUUUGGUAAAUACAUUCGCCGAGUUGGAACCACGCGCGGUGGAGGCCCUGGCCGGCCUUGGAGCGCCCAGGGUGUACCCCGUUGGCCCCAUACUGAACAUCAAGGUCGAGAGCAAAAAGGAUUUUGAGAUCCAGGACUGGCUCGACGAGCAGCCUGAUGCGUCAGUGGUGUUCCUGUGCUUCGGGAGCUAUGGGAGCUUCGAGGAGGACCAGGUGAAAGAGAUUGCCUGUGCAUUGGAGCGGAGCGGGUACCGCUUCCUGUGGUCCCUACGGCGGCCACCGACGAAGGGCAAGCUAGAGGCCCCCUAUGACUACGCGGAUCCUGCGGAGGUCCUGCCCAAGGGGUUCAUUGGGAGGACGACUAGUGUCGGGAGAGUGAUCGGGUGGGCCCCACAGGUCGCGGUCCUGGCCCACCGGGCUAUCGGAGGGUUCGUGUCACACUGCGGGUGGAACUCCACCCUAGAGAGCAUAUGGUUCGGCGUACCGAUGGUCGCGUGGCCCCAGUAUGCAGAGCAACAAUUCAACGCGUUCGAGCUGGUGGUGGAGCUCGGCCUCGCAGCAGAGAUCAAGAUGGAUUUUCGAAAAGAUCUCACCAAAGGGAGUAACGUCUUCGUGACGGCGGACGAAAUAGACGGAGGGAUAAGGAAGUUAAUGGAGGGUGAGGAGGCCGGGGAGAGAAGGAAGAAGGUGAAGGAGGUGAGCGAAAAAAGUAAGCAGGCUUUGAUGGAGGGUGGCUCUUCUUACUUGUCUUUGGCUCACUUCAUCGAGGAUGUCUGGAGUCAAUAAGCCUCCUGGUAUUUUGAGUACUGUUGUUAUUUUGAUUCUAUGAUUACAUGGCGUAUGUUCCAGCGUACCUGGGACACCAAUCCAUGUAGACUGUUCUA